GUCAAUUUUAACACUGCGAAACUGAUGAUCGAUUUUGGCAGAGACAAGGCGAUGAAAAGUGUUUUCGUUCCACCAGAGGUAAAGGCAAUUGUUACUGCUGGAAAGGUUGUAUAUUCAACGGGGGAAACGCUUAAAGUAACAGGGGACUUAACUCGUGCACUCCAUGCUGGCGCCGACUCAGGCAUAAAAGGUGUCGCAGAUAUUGUAAAAUCAAUACCUGGCUUUGGCUUGGCAAGGAUUGGAUCAAAUGUUGCCAUAGAUUUAUAUGAGGGAAAAGAUUUAAAGUCAGUUAUAGAAGAACGCGGUGAAGAAGCACUGAAGAAUGUUUCUACCAAAUUGGUUGGUGAUAAUGUGGCUAAAGUGGCAUUUGAUCUUGUAAAAGAUCUUCAUAAUGGUGAGAGUAUUAAAAAUGUAGUUUCGAAAAGUUGUAAAACCGUGUUAUUGAACUAUGCAAUCGAUAAUCCAGAUUCGAAAGCGGCAAUGAAAUUCAAAGAAACCGGCAAAAUUAUGCAAAAUACUCAUGUCGGAAGGAUAAAUAGCGUUAAAGACCUUGGAACGUAUGCACAAGUCCUGGAUGAAAAGAAUAUUCAUGACAUUGACAACAUUCGGAAUGGGUGAAACUUAUUUCAAAUAUAUUCUACUUCCGGUAAGCUUGUAAUUUACUUUUUUUUUCUCUACAAUAGGAUCACCAAAUUA